CCAAAUAUCAUGUUAUCAUAAUGUUAAGGAUGUUUCUUUAAAAGACAAAACGCAUAUGGAAUUAUGAUCAUAUCCAUGACGUCAGGAGCUUGAUUAAAUAUUUAUAGCCGGUAUCCUAAGUGCAUAUAUCUUCACAACUUCAUUAUGAAAGGGAAAGGUGGGCUGAGCAUCGAAAUCCCCACUGAGGCGAGCAGAACACUCGCGCUGCUGAGAGUUUAAGGGACACCGAGGACGCGCAGGACUUUUAGACUCUCUAACGAUCGACGGAACCAGGAGACGAACUAUAAAGAUGGGCGUACAUGGGUUCCUCAGGGAUUCGUUCUAAGACAUCUUGAUCCAAGUCUCACUUCACACUACUCGAGAGAAACUUGUUCACAAGGAAGACCGACCCAUUUUGUCUCCAGGAAGCUGCUGUAAUCAUAUUCUGUCUCUUUUCUAUCCCAAGUUUUCUCGCACAGUUGAGCAGCCUAUGAAAAGAAAUAACGCGACUUACGCGCAGUUGAUGCCUUCGAGAAGCCACCCCUAUCUUCACAUGCCAGUCUGCCUGACUUUAGAACCUGUAUUAUUGCCAGACUCCGACCGCAGACCAAGACAGGAGGAGGGGGACUCCGAUGGAAAAUCAUGCAGCACUUUGAACCCAUGGAGACAUGGCACAGAGGUUCCUCACAUCUACGAGCAGAUUCAGCGCCAGAUUCGCCUUCAUAUUCACCGUGUCACUGUCCUGCACCUACUUAUGCUAUAGUAUUCUUUUUUGUCGCAGCACAAUCAUGACAAACCAGGGUUACGAGGGGAAAAGAUGCCCACCGGGCAAGAACGCAGGAGGGAAGAAACUUCUUGGAAAACUGGACAUUUGCGCUUCGCUGGAAGUGAGGUCCGCUCUGGAUGAGUCUGCUGUCCAGCCAGGAUCGAGUGAUCUCCGCGAGCGAAGUAAAGCCCCUGCCCCGUCUGGAAGUCACUGGGCUGACAUGAAGUUGAGAAACAUGAGUGUUGCGCAAAAAUAUGGGAAUAAGAAGCUGCCUAAUGCGUUAAUUGUGGGUGUAAAGAAAGGCGGCACCAGAGCGGUUCUGGAGUUCAUCCGGAUACAUCCAGAUGUGCGCGCUCUUGGAACAGAGCCGCACUUUUUCGACAGAAACUAUGACAGAGGGCUUGACUGGUACAGGGGACUAAUGCCACGAACACUUGACAGCCAGAUCACAUUAGAGAAAACUCCCAGCUACUUUGUCACCAGAGAGGCACCCAGACGCAUCUUCAGCAUGUCCCACGAGACCAAGCUGAUUGUUGUGGUGCGUAACCCUGUCACAAGAGCAAUCUCUGACUACACGCAAACGCUUUCCAAGAAGCCCGACAUCCCCACGUUUGAAGAGCUGGCCUUUAAGAACAGAAGUCUGGGUCUCGUCGACUCUUCCUGGAACGCCAUUCAGAUCGGGAUGUAUAUUCUGCACCUGGAGAACUGGCUGCAGUACUUUCGCCUCUCCCAGAUGCACUUUGUGAGCGGGGAGCGGCUGAUCACUGAUCCAGCAGGGGAAAUGGGCCGUGUUCAGGACUUCUUAGGACUGAAGCGAAUAAUCACGGACAAGCACUUCUACUUCAAUCGAACCAAAGGCUUCCCCUGUCUGAAAAAGCCGGAGAGCAGCAGCCAGCCGCGCUGCCUCGGCAAAUCCAAGGGCAGGACUCACGUACAGAUCGAACAGGAGGUCAUAGAGCAGCUGCAAGAGUUUUAUAGGCCAUUUAAUAUCAAAUUCUAUGAAACUGUGGGACAGGACUUCAAAUGGGAUUGAGAGUGCCAUACAGAAACAGUGCUGUGUUUAAAAAUGGCUACCUCUGGAUUCAAAUAUAAAUGAGGGCAUCUUCGACAAAAUGUUUAAAUGACAAGUUCAUGGAGCUGUGUAUAGAAUUUCAAAAUCAAUGUAGAAUAAUAUACAGUUUAGACACUAAAAUAUAAAUGGUAUCCCAUCAUGCUGGGUUUUGGGUUGAUAACAAGUGCCAUUUACAUACAUGACAUAUGAAUUGCUCAACAGGCAACCAGUAUUAAUUCAUCAACCAAGUGAUUAACCAGCAAUCAUGUUGCUGCCUUCCUGCCAUUUAACCACACCAGACGUACGUUAAUGACACCGCUUGAAUAUUCAUUGCCUGGAUUGCUUAUUUAUUCAUCAUUUCCACUCAAAAUAAACCACCGGCUUUACUGUUAAAAUGAGCUCUCAACAUGAAUUUGGAGCAAAAUGUCAAAUGAAUAAUAAAAUAAGCCUGUCAGUUAUUCUGCAAUGAAACGUCUCUCCUUCAUGAAUGACACAAGUUCAUAUGCAACAGUGAUAAAUUUGCUGAAUAAAUGUACUGUAACGGAGAAGAAAAAAAUAUCAGCUAGAUGCUAUAGAGCUGAUAAAGGUUUAUCGUUUGUUGAACUUCAGCUCUGUCUGUGUCAGUAUUUUUGUUGUGAUCAUUGAAAUAAAAGGCUUAUGUCUUAAAUUCAAA